AUGCUGAAAAUCUUCGGGAAGAUUCCCAACACGGAUCUAGAGGGUACUGUAGACCCAGAUUGUGUUCAGACAUGUUUCAAAGCAUUUGAUUGUAUUCUGGCGUACUUUGAUACAAGUGGGCGGUGCCAACUUUUUAAUUUUAAUGACACAGAGACAUUGGAAGUGGAGGAGUCCACCAAGGCAGAUGGACUCUUUGUGGCGUUCAAGACCACCUUGCUGUCCGACACCUGUCCCGCACAUUCCCUUAUCGAACCUGUCGUGAAUAUCGGUGAGGAUCCCAUCACCUGGAAAAAAUCUGGAACAACUUUCUCAUUCCAAAGAUGCGUUGGUGACUGGAAAAUGUUUCGUAGAUCAAAUCCUGAGAUUACUGUAUGCAUGCAGGUGCACGGUAUAAAGAGUGGAGUGAAUCAGACCGAGGCGACACGGUUUUGUGAGGAUAUGGGGUAUAAAGUGACUGGAGUGGCGUCGGUGGAAGAGUCGAGAUGGUUGAAAAAACGAUUCCUGGAAAUAUAUCCUAAAGCAGACAAUUGGCAAGCGAUCUGGAUAGAUGGAGUAAGAAAUUGCACGGGGGAGAACAAUUCGGAAUGUGAUAAAUUCGACUGGUCGGAUCGGUAUACAGUCGGUGUGGAAGCACUGGUUACCGGUAACGCGUGGUUUUCGUAUAAUAGAGGAAGUACACCUGAAAACUGUCUUGGAGUGAUCUCAAACAGCGGUACCAGCGUUUCUUUGAAUGACAUACCGUGUGGACGUGGAUCCGGUCUGGAACUUGGUGUGGCGUGUGGUUAUCAAAUGCUGGCGUGA